GUCCUGGACUCUGAAUCGCACUUGAAGAUGGAUGCGGGUACAGACUACAGACUACAGGACUACAGACAACCUGUAGAUAAGCCAAACGGAUAAAUAGUUUGCAAAGAGAGAGACACUCACUGCUGCGAGCGAUUCUCCUUCUUGAUUUUCUCUUCAAGAUAUGGAGUCCACUCUCUCUUCUAUAUCAUCGUCUCAAACAACGACGUUAGCUCUCUUUAGUCUCUCCAGAGCCCUAAACCGUCAUUUCUCCAAGAAUGCCGUGCCCGGUAAACUCGCCGCUCGCCGCUUCAGAUGCAUUUACACCUGCAACAGUAACCCUCUACUCCCAACUACUCCUCGAUUGUCCUCCCUGAGGAGCCUAUACGUAGUUUUACCGCAUUUACGUCAGCGCUUGGAGUGCGUCUCGAGCUCUGCUGCGUCAUUUACGUCCGGUGGUGGCGGAAGUGGCGGGAUUGGUGGAGAGAGUGGCGGCGGCGGUGGGGGUGGUGACGGAGCAGACAGUGGUGAUACGAAGCUCAAUUUGGUCGUUGGAGCGGCUGAAGGGGCUUCGACACCGUCACCGGAUGUCAUUAUACUGGAUGUUGGGGGAAUGACAUGCGGGGGAUGUGCAGCAAGUGUGAAGAAAAUACUUGAAAAUCAACCACAAGUGUCGUCUGCUAGUGUCAAUCUCACGACAGAGUCAGCGAUUGUAUGGCCGGUAUCCGAAGCAAAGGUUGCCCCAAACUGGCAACAACAAUUAGGAGAGUCACUUGCAAAGCAUUUGACUAGUUGUGGAUUCAGUUCAAAUUUACGAGAUUCUGGAAGAAAAAAUUUCUUUCAAGUCUUUGAAAGGAAAAUGAACGAAAAGCAUAAUCGCUUAAAAGAAAGUGGUCGCGAGCUUGCUGUCUCCUGGGCUCUUUGUGCUGUUUGCCUUUUUGGCCAUCUCUCUCAUACUUUUGGAGUUAAGGCUUCAUGGAUCCAUGCAUUUCAUUCCACAGGAUUUCAUUUGUCCAUGUCUCUAUUUACGUUACUUGGUCCUGGGCGUCAACUUAUCCUUGAUGGUGUGAGAAGCCUUUUGAAGGGAGCUCCCAACAUGAACACCUUAGUUGGUCUUGGGGCUCUAUCAUCAUUUACAGUUAGUUCAUUGGCUGCCUUAGUGCCGAAACUGGGUUGGAAGGCAUUCUUUGAAGAGCCAAUUAUGCUAAUAGCAUUUGUCUUGUUAGGAAGGAAUCUUGAACAAAGAGCUAAACUUAAAGCCACUAGUGAUAUGACAGGACUUCUAAGUCUUCUGCCUCCAAAGGCUCGUCUCGUGGUUGGUGGCAAUGCAGAGAAUUCUGGCUCAGUCGUUGAAAUUCCUUGCAGUAAUCUUUCAGUUGGAGACCAAAUUGUUGUACUACCUGGAGACCGUGUUCCAGCAGAUGGGAUAGUAAGAGCUGGUAGAAGCACCAUAGAUGAGUCUAGUUUCACUGGGGAGCCAUUACCCGUAACCAAGCUACCUGGGAGUGAAGUGGCUGCUGGAACUAUCAACCUUAAUGGUACCCUUACAGUUGAAGUGCGGAGACCUGGUGGUGAUACUGCCAUGGGAGACAUUAUCCGUUUGGUGGAAGAGGCACAAAAUAUGGAAGCUCCUGUACAGCGUUUGGCUGACAAGGUCUCUGGGCACUUUACUUAUGGAGUAAUGGCACUUUCUGCUGCUACAUUUAUAUUUUGGAACCUGUUUGGGGCACAUAUUCUACCUGCCGCUGCUUAUCAAGGAAGUCCACUUUCAUUGGCCCUACAGCUCUCAUGCAGUGUAUUGGUUGUUGCUUGUCCAUGUGCACUUGGCUUGGCGACACCCACAGCUGUUCUGGUUGGGACUUCAUUAGGGGCAACAAGAGGAUUGCUUUUGCGUGGUGGAAACAUUUUGGAGAAAUUUUCAAUGGUGAACACUAUAGUGUUUGACAAAACAGGUACCCUUACGAUGGGCAGACCUGCUGUGACAAAAGUUGUUACUCCUGGAUCUUUAAAAACUGCUGAUUCACAGCAAAAGCCAAUUCAUACUUGGUCAGAGGCUGAAGUUCUCAUGUUAGCUGCUGGUGUUGAGGCAAAUACUAUUCAUCCAGUUGGAAAAGCAAUUGUGAAAGCUGCUUGUGCUGUUAAUUGUCAGUUUAUGAAGGUCGCAGAGGGAACAUUUAUGGAGGAACCUGGAUCUGGUGCCACUGCGAUUAUUGAGAACAGAAGGGUGUCUGUUGGGACGUUAGAUUGGGUCAGAAGGCAUGGGGUCGAUGAGAAUUCAUUGCCAGAAGUGGAGGAGCUUACAAACCAAUCUGUCGUCUAUGUUGGUGUAGAUGAUUCCCUUGCAGGUCUUGUAUACAUUGAGGAUCAAAUCAGGGAAGACGCAGGCCAAGUUGUUGAAUGUUUGUCUAAGCAAGGGAUUAGUGUAUACAUGCUUUCAGGAGACAAAAGGAAUACUGCCGAGCAUGUAGCUUCUGUUGUUGGUAUUCCAAAAGAUAAGGUUCUAUAUGAAGUUAAACCGGAUGAAAAGAAGAAGUUCAUAAAUGAACUUCAGAAGGAUCAGAAAAUAGUAGCAAUGGUUGGUGAUGGGAUCAAUGAUGCUGCUGCCUUAGCAUCAUCUCAUGUUGGGGUUGCCAUGGGUGGGGGAGUUGGAGCUGCUAGUGAGGUCUCUUCAGUUGUGUUGAUGGGCAACAGGCUCUCACAGUUGCUUGAUGCUUUAGAGCUGAGCAGGAUGACCAUGAAGACAAUAAAGCAAAAUCUUUGGUGGGCCUUUGCCUACAACAUUGUUGGAAUUCCAGUAGCUGCUGGAAUGUUAUUACCAGUAACUGGCACCAUACUGACUCCAUCAAUUGCCGGAGCUCUCAUGGGUCUAAGUUCCAUUGGGGUGAUGGCAAAUUCAUUACUUCUAAGAUACAAAUUCUCCUUAAGACAGAAGCAAAGUUCUGGAGGAUCUCCAAGCAAUAAAAUGAAUUUGCAUUCUAAUCUUCUCAUGGACCACAAAGCAAAGAUGAAGCACCCUUACUCUAAUUUCUAGAUGGCAAGAGACAUGACAAGGCAGGCUUAUUGUUUGGGGCACCCUUGUGUAGAUUGAGAAAGAGCAUAAUCACCGGCACAGAGAUUGGAGUCCUGACUAAGGAUGACAGAUUCUAUGAGGAUGAGGCCAAUGCAUUGCUGUGUGGCUACAGCGUUCCAGUUUUGCACGAUGGUUCAUUUGGCGUAAGUGCUGCUGGGACAAGAAUUGAAAAAUAUUUUUUUUUUCUGCCUUGGGUCAAUGUUUCUAAAACCGACCCG